UUGCAGCGUGGGACAUCGGUUGCGUGGAGCACGGACUUCGCCGCGAUGUGCAGCGGUUCUGCGCAGUAGCCGCGUCACCGGUGCGUCCACGGCGGAGCAGAUGCGGGUCCUGACAUGAUUUGUGCCGGGAAAGGGAGUUUUCAAGCGGCGUUGGUGCUCCUGUCUGUCGCCCAUUUGAGCGCAGCUCUGAAGUGUGUGUGCCAGCUGUGCGACACACACGUCUGUGAGACGGCGGCCGACGGCGCCUGCUGGAGCUCCGUCAUGCUGAUCGACGGCAAGGAGGAAGUGGACAAGUCGUGCUUGUCUCCCUCCGAGAUGAAGGGUCAGGUCUUCUGUUACAGCUCCGCCAACGUCUCCAAGAGGAACUGCUGCUUCACCGACUUCUGCAACAAUGAGACGCUGCGCUUACUUCCAGAGAGGCCUUCAGAAGAACCGGACCGGAGCCGGUGGCAGCUCCUGGUGGCGAUCCUGGUGCCGUCCAGCCUGCUGUGUGUGGUCCUGGCCCUGGGCGCGCUCCUCCUGCGGGGUCACCGCUGCACCUACAGCAGGGCCAACAAACAGGACCCCGAGGAGCCGCUGGACGAUCAGAUGCUCAUGUCGCCCGACAGGAGCCUCAAGGAUCUCAUCUACGACAUGAGCACGUCGGGCUCCGGCUCAGGCCUCCCUCUUCUGGUCCAGCGCACGAUCGCACGCACCAUUGUCCUGCAGGAGAACAUCGGGAAGGGUCGAUUCGGGGAGGUGUGGCGGGGCAAGUGGCGAGGAGAGGAUGUGGCUGUGAAGAUCUUCUCCUCCAGAGACGAGCGGUCGUGGUUUCGAGAGGCUGAGAUCUAUCAGACCAUCAUGCUGAGACAUGAGAACAUCUUGGGCUUCAUCGCGGCAGACAACAAAGGUGAGAUUGAAAAGGUGCUGGCACAGGAACAGCGGUCACUCUGGAGGUGUUUCCCCCGCUCAGACAGCGGCUCGUGGACUCAGCUGUGGUUGGUGUCUGAGUACCAUGAGCACGGCUCCUUGUUUGACUACCUGAACCGAUACACUGUAUCGGUGGACGGCAUGAUCGUUCUGGCCCUGUCCAUCGCCAGCGGCCUCGCUCAUCUGCACAUGGAGAUCAUCGGCACUCAGGGAAAACCUGCCAUCGCUCACCGAGACCUCAAGUCCAAAAACGUCCUGGUGAAGAAGAACGGCACGGCAGCCAUCGCCGAUCUGGGCUUGGCUGUCAAGCACGACUCCAGCACCAACACCAUCGACAUGCCGCCCAACAGCCGCGUGGGGACCAAGAGGUACAUGGCUCCGGAAAUCCUGGACGAGACAAUCAAUAUGGUCAACUUUGAGUCCUUCAAGCGAGUGGACAUCUACGCCCUGGGCCUGGUGUUCUGGGAACUGGCCAGGAGAUGCUGCGUCCAAGGACUCCAUGAAGAUUUCCAGCUGCCUUACUAUGACCUGGUGCCUUCUGAUCCGUCUGUGGAGGACAUGAGGAAGGUGGUGUGUGAGCAGAAGCUGAGGCCCAACAUUCCCAACCAGUGGCAGAGCUGUGAGGCUCUGCGUGUGAUGGGCAGGCUGAUGCGGGAGUGCUGGUACGUGAGCCCGGCUGCACGUCUCACCGCUCUGCGCGUCAAGAAGACCGUCUCUCAGCUCUCCGUCAUCAAGGACGUCAAAGAUUAGCUGCCUUACGGCUCAGAGCUGGUGCCGGCGGCGCCGGGACGGUCUGGUGUCGUGGUGGUGCCAAAGCAUCUGCGCUGGAACUGACUCUGGCUGUUGAAACCGACGGAUGUUUUCUACGUUGACCGUGUUGCUACCUCAAACAGUGAAGUGCCCCGAACCUGCCGUGUGUCAGAUUGUGACUCUGUGUGUGCCAUACCGUAGCAAACACAUUCCACUGCCGAGCUGGUGACUGCAUCUCCACCGGCGACGGCUCAUCCGUGAAUGUCGUUUCUAUUUACUUCAAACUUGAACCACUUUUCUAUGACCUCAGACAAAUCGGUGUGUAAUUGAUGCUUACGCUUGAAGCAGAAGGGAAACAUCCAGUGUACAAACCUGGCACCUUGAAGGGAGGAUGCUACUUUUCUUGGAGAACAUCAUGCUGCUGUGAACAAGCCAGUCCUGCAUCAUCCUCCCAUAUUUCUUUGAAAUGGAUUUCAGAAAAGAGAAGGAUGCGUGUAGCAUCUGGAGCGUUGCCUCUCAAGUGAUUAUACACAACUGCGUUGCUAACUGAUAGCAACAGUCAAGAACCUUUGGUGUUGCAAGGUUCGAACACGUACACAUGCAGUAUUAUGUUUUACUCUGUCCAAAGCUUAUGUUUUUUUGUUCAUCUGUGAACCCAAAGAAGCUUCCCACAGCUGGGUUUUUAUAUGCGCGAGGUGUUUGAAGAUGCUGUUGCUUUUGUAUAUGGCUCAUGUGAAGCGAGCUGCGUGUGCAUCAUGUCUGUUGUUUGUCGCUUAUUUUGCACUUCUGCCAGGAUUAGCUUAACUGUGAGUGACGUUGUGGGUCAAUAAACAGUUUCUCCUGAGGCAUAUGUGUGUGAUCAUUCGCUAAAACAUUUCAGUGUCGAGGGGAGGAAGGCCCGGGGCAGAUCCAGGCCUUAGGUCUCCUUGUUAACCCUUGGAAAACCAUGGUUUUUCAGCAGUCUGUCGAGGUGGAAGCUUGGGCCUCUUCAUUUCUGCUGCUGCCCUGCCACCUGAAUAGACCUGCGAGGAUGGACUGGAGCAUCUUUUACACCCUCAUCCACGAGCACCAAUCAUUCCGUCAAUCAUCUCAGAAGGCCAGUCCUUGAAUGUUCUGACUCACAACCAACCUCCACCCACUGAUAGCGCCCUCUUUCAGGUUGUUGUGCCUUGUUUUUCUGCCGUUUCUAUGUAUUGUUGACCUGAUCUAUGUAAA